UCUCACAUUACUUCCACCCACAUUCAUUUUCGACAAGCCCGCCCGCCCUCCUCCCCCCCCAAAAAAAAAGAAAAAAAAUCGCCCGCUACGUGUAGGCACUGGCGUUGGAGGAAGGUCCCAUUGUGUUCCUUCUUUUUUUUCCCCUCUUUUUCCCUUUUCCCCCCUCUCCUUUUCCGUUUUUUCUCACCUGAAGCCCAUUAUGUUCGCAUGCAAACGCAACAGCCAGGCUGUCCAGUAGAGAGCGGGAGAUCGAUCAUCUCCAAUUGAUUCCCGCCCGCCCGCCCGCCCGCCCGCCCGCCCGCCCGCCCGCCCGCCCUCCGCCAGCCACGUGGCAGAUUCUCCUUCAUUCAUUAUCCACUAUGAAAGAGCAGGCCAUCAGGCGCAACACCGGGGGCGCAACACCGGUCGAUUGCAGAGAGCACCUUCCCCCGUUGCUGGCGGGAGAGCGGGCCGAAGCACUGGGUAAACCGUGGGGGGACGCGCGGGGGGAAGCCCGAGGGGAAGCGAGGGAGGAAGCGCGGGGGGCAGAGCGGGGGGAGGAGCGGGGGGAAGCGCGGGGGGGGAAGAGAGAGGAUCUGCAGGAGGAGAGAGAGAAGCGGGACACUCUUAAGACGGCCAUGCUGGCGGGGGAUCACGAGCGAGAGAAAGAGCAUCUUCAUCUCGGGAAUGACACGUGUCACGACGUCCUGGUCCCAACGGAGCAGCAGCAAGACGCGAAGAGAGGUGCCAAGCUGGACUGGGACGCGUUGCCCUUCGAUUUGCUCCUAAGUGUCUUCUCUGCUCUAGACGGUCGAUCAGUGGCCAGCGCGUCUAUGGUAUGCCGGGCAUGGAGCCGGAUUGGGAGGAGGGACGAACUGUGGGAGAGGCUGGUGGGACAGCUGGAACUACCUCCAUUCCCGCCCAGUGUGAUCAGAUUCUCGGAGAACGUCUUAGCCGCCCUGGGGAACGCCUGCUACUCUACUCCGCCCCCUCCUACUCCGCUUGGACAACCCGUCUCUACGUAUCAACCGGCUGCUGGCGAUCGUUCUACUGCAACUCCCCCCACCUCUGCCAUCACCAUCUUCUCCUCCUCCUCCUCCUCCUCCUCUUCCUCCGCUUCCUCCUUCCCCUCCCUCUCCCUCUCUACUUCUCCCCCCACCUCUUUCCCCCCCCUCUCUCCCCUCUCUCAGCCUCGCGACCUGCAGCAGCUGCGCGCUCGCUGCCCACCCUCCGGAACUAUCUCCUGGCGUGACGUCUUCCUCGCUAGGUCUCGUUCAACCCGCUCGAUGGUCAUCGACCUCGGCUGUGGAUAUUGCAAGUUUGGGUGGAGUAAUCAGCCCUCCCCGGCGGAUAUCCUCUUCACGUACGUGGAAUUUGGAGAUGUGGAGCUCUCUACGCCGCCCAUGAUCAAGCGGCUGUGCCAUAGUGUGUUCGCCAACAUGCAGGUGGGGUCGGAACGCCCGCAUGUGGCGGUCAUCGAGCCCCACUGCGGCUCGGCGGAGGACCCCGCCGCUGCCCGGCGCAAUUUGCGCGGAAUCAUCUGUAAUGUCCUGUUCCGCAAGUACAAGGUGCCCUCGGUCAGCCUCGUUGACCAGGCCGUCUCCGCAACCUUCGUGUCUAACCGGGUCUCGGCAAUCGUGGUUAAUAUCGGGUUUAGAUCCUGCACCAUUAUGCCGGUCUAUAGGGGGAGGGCGCUGCACGACAAAGGCCUGCUGAUGGUGGGCCUAGGCUCGCUGAGGGUGACCACGGAGCUCAACGGUCUGUUGAAUCAUGAUGGACUGCGCCUGCCCAGCAUAUUUACGGUCAAGGCCAUCAAGGAGCAGGUGUGUUAUGUGGCGGAGAACGUGGAGGAGGAGGUGGCCAAGAACCUCCCCAAGGUGGAGGUAGAUAUGGAUGCCCAAGGUGGCAAGUGCUUGAUCGGCAAUCAGAGGUUCCUAGCGACCGAGAUACUAUUCGAAGGGGGGGCUCCGGGGGGAUGGGGGGCGUCUCCGAGCACGGGGCGGGGGAUGCAUCAGUUGAUGGCCAAAUGCAUGCAGGAGUGUGCUCUGCUUCCGGUCCACAGCCAGGAAGACCAGGGAUGGUUCAAAACCAUCAUCUUCAGUGGAGGAUCAGGCGUCUUCAAGGGGCUGACCGAGAGGCUGAGGAGAGAGCUGACGAAGCUGCUGCCGAAAGAACUUCUAGAUGGCCUUGUCAUCUUGCCCCCGGCAUUGGGCCCCUGGUCCACCUGGCAGGGGGGGAAGCUGGUGGCCAACCUCAGCAAUUUCCCUGACGGAUGGGCCAUCACGAAAGAGGCUUUCAAUAAUGACCCUGGGGUUAUCCACAGACCUUGUGGGGUGCUGACCGCCAAGCACUGCCGGUUGAAGGAUUGCUGCAGCCUAAUAGGUAGCGGACCCUCCGAGGAUCAGGACCCCUGCUUCAUUUUCUGCCAGCAGCACAGUGUCCAGAAUCGAGGACGUUGUUGGGUGCUCAUGCGCAAAUGCAGCAACUGCAACUUCAUGUGCAGCUGCAAUGUCAGGGAGAUUUGACUGCAAGUGGACUGCAAUGGCAGCCGCUGGUUCGACCUCAACUUCAACUACAAGAUCAACUGCAAGAUCAACUCAACUUCUCCGAGUUUGGCCAUAGCUGAGAUGCCAGAGAGACUUAACUGCAAGGGGACUGCAAUUGUAGCUGCAGGUUCGCUUGCAACUUCGACCUCAACUUCAACCUCAACUUCCAACUUCAAGUUCUGCGAGCUUUUCAACUUUGCAACUCCUGCGAGCUUAUCUUAUGCGGAUGCAACUGCAGAUGUGAUGUCAGAGAGUCUUCAGUACAAGUGGACUGCAAACGCAGUUGCAGGUGAAUUGCAACUUCAACUGCAAGAUCAACUUCAACUACUCUGAGAUCACAGUCUCUGAGUUCAACUGCAGCUGUCAGAGAGACUGAGCUGCAACUGCAGUUGUCAGAGAGACUGAGCUGCAAUUGCAACUGUAACUGCAACUGUCGGACAGACUGGACUGCAACUGCUAUUGCAACCUGUCAAAGAGACUGAACUGCAACUGCAGCUGUCAGAGGGACUGCACUGCAACUGCUAUUGCACCUGCCAAAGGGACUGAACUGCAACUGCAGCAGUCAGAGGGACUGAACUGCAACUGCAGCUGUCAGAGGGACUGAACUGCAAGUGCACCUGUCAAAAAGACUGAACUGGGACUCCAACCGCGGCUGUCAGAGAGACUGAACUGCAACUGMAGCAGUCAGAGGGACUGAACUGCAACUGCAUCUGUCAGAGGGACUGGAACUGCAACCGCAACUGCAACUGCUGCAGUCAGAGGGACUGAACUGCACCUGCAGCAGUCAGAGGGACUGAACUGCAACUGCAGCGGUCAGCGGGACUGAACUGCAACUGCAGCAUUCAGAGGAACUGAACUGAACUGCAACUGCAACUGCAGCUGCAGCUGCAGCUGCGGGUUCAACUUCAAGUUCAACUUCGACUGCAACUGCAGUGAACUUAUGCUGCCCAACUGCGACUGCAAGUGGAUUUGCAACUGCACGUGCAGGUAGAGAAUUUUAUUUCAACUUCAGAACUUCUGCGUGUUUGUCCUUGACUUGCCCUCAACUUCUGCAAGACCAUACAUUAUUUGAGACCAUACAUUAUUUGAGUUCAACUAGAACCAGCUGUGAUCGCAGCGCUAACUUCGAAUCCGUCUUCCUUGUGAGUUCAAUUGCGACUUCAAACCUUCAAACCUUCAAACCUUCAGACUUCAGACUUUGAUGUCAUCCUAAGAGAAUCUCCAACUUCAACUGCACAUGAGAACGUGACGUCAGCUUUGACUUCAUUGAGUUCAUUAAGCCCGUUGAGUUCGCCAUCGACUGCAACUGGGACUUGCAAACGACGAUGUUGAUCACCAACUGCAACUGGGAACUGCAAUUGCAGUUCACGUAAUUAAAAACAGUUGACAGUGAGCUCAAGUCAAAGGAACUUAAAGAAAAGUUGGAUCCUAUCUGAGAUCACAGUCGCCGAUUGCACCCCCCCCACUGCAGUCGACGCUGAGCAUCGUCGUUUGCAGAUCGCAGUUGCAGUUGAAGAGGAUCAUAACGAACUUCAAGAAGUUGAUUACCUGAGGUCGCCUGCGUAUUGUCGAGAGGAAGUUGGAGCUAUUCGAGGGGGCUGACUACAUCCAAAUGAUCUUUCACGGUUUCACCAGAGUUCUGAAAAUCUUGGUCACGUCGCGUAUGGAAUAGCAAAUGGCAUAUAAUAGGCCUUGUCCAGACACUAAAUGGGGGACCUUGAUUUUUUAUUUAGUCAAAAAAACUUUUGGCAAAACUUUCAAGGCUACUUUUGCAGCAAGAAGCGAAUCUGUUGUUUCGGAAUCACAACAACUCCUGAGUUCUCAAGAGGCUCUGCUGUCAGAGUUCUUGAAACAACAUGAAUUACAUAGUAUUAGUUUGCAUUCAAGUACGCAAAUGAUUGGAGAAUCAUGUAUAAACGAUAUGAUUACACGCUAGUUCAAGGCACCAAUACUUCUACUCCUUCCAGUAGUCAUCCCCUCUCGGUCCUAUGCUACCUCCACUCCUCUGCUCAUUAGCCUCCUCGAUGACCUCUGUGGUUAUUACUGGUUAACCUAAUUUUCCGGCUCCUCCUCUUCUCACUUCCUCUUCAACUUCACCUGCUCCUCACUCUCUGCUCCUCACUCUCCAUUCUGCUCAUCCUUUAUUACCUCUUUCCUUGCAUCUGUAUGUCCCUUUUUGCCUUUCUACGCCACAACCCGCCACUCCCUGCUUCCUUCUCUGCCUGUUCCCCCCCUCUCUCUCUCUCUCUCUCUCUCUCUCUCUCUCUCUCUCUCUCUCUCUCUCUCUCUCUCUCUCUCUGUGUGGCAUACUGCGCAGCCACACGG